GCCCGGCCGGUGACAGCCGCGGGGCUCCGGGGCAGCUGGCGGCGGGGACGCUCGGGGCCGGCGGGACGCUUAGGAGGACAGGAGGAGGAGGAGGAGGGGGAGGCCGCGGACAUUUUGCUGCCGAGGCGAGCCGAGCCGUGGCUCCCGGAGCCGUUUCGAACUUGCGGAGUCUGGCCACAGAUAAGGGACCAAAAUGACGGACUCAAAGUAUUUCACCACGACCAAGAAAGGGGAGAUCUUCGAGCUGAAGGCGGAGCUCAACAGUGACAAGAAGGAGAAGAAGAAGGAGGCCGUGAAGAAAGUGAUCGCAUCGAUGACCGUGGGCAAGGACGUCAGUGCUCUCUUCCCCGACGUGGUAAACUGCAUGCAGACAGACAACCUGGAGCUGAAGAAGCUGGUGUACCUGUACCUGAUGAACUAUGCCAAGAGUCAGCCGGACAUGGCCAUCAUGGCAGUCAACACCUUCGUAAAGGACUGCGAGGACCCCAACCCCCUCAUCCGUGCCCUGGCUGUGCGGACCAUGGGUUGCAUCCGAGUUGACAAGAUCACAGAAUACCUGUGCGAGCCACUCCGCAAGUGCCUGAAGGACGAGGACCCCUACGUGCGCAAGACAGCAGCUGUGUGUGUGGCCAAGCUCCAUGACAUCAAUGCCCAGCUGGUGGAGGACCAGGGCUUCCUAGACACCCUUAAAGACCUCAUCUCUGACUCUAACCCCAUGGUGGUGGCCAACGCAGUGGCUGCCCUCUCAGAGAUUGCCGAGUCCCAUCCCAGCAGCGAUCUGCUCGACCUGAACCCACAGUCCAUUAACAAGCUGUUGACAGCCCUGAACGAAUGCACCGAGUGGGGCCAGAUCUUCAUCCUGGACUGCCUGGCCAACUAUACACCUAAGGAUGACCGCGAAGCCCAGAGCAUCUGUGAGCGGGUCACUCCCAGGCUCUCCCAUGCCAACUCUGCCGUGGUGCUGUCUGCCGUCAAGGUGUUGAUGAAGUUCAUGGAGAUGUUGUCCAAGGACUUGGACUACUACGGCACACUGCUCAAGAAACUGGCCCCGCCCCUGGUCACGCUGCUGUCCGCUGAGCCUGAGCUGCAGUACGUGGCCCUUCGCAACAUCAACCUCAUUGUGCAAAAAAGACCCGAAAUCCUAAAGCACGAGAUGAAGGUCUUCUUCGUGAAGUACAACGACCCCAUCUACGUGAAGCUGGAGAAGCUGGAUAUCAUGAUCCGCCUGGCCUCCCAGGCCAACAUCGCCCAGGUGUUGGCAGAGCUGAAAGAAUACGCAACAGAAGUGGAUGUGGACUUUGUGCGGAAGGCCGUGCGCGCCAUUGGCCGCUGUGCCAUCAAGGUGGAGCAAUCCGCAGAACGUUGUGUGAGCACGUUGCUCGACCUCAUCCAGACCAAGGUCAACUACGUGGUCCAGGAAGCCAUUGUGGUCAUUAAGGACAUCUUCCGCAAGUACCCCAACAAGUAUGAGAGUGUGAUUGCCACUCUGUGUGAGAACCUGGACUCGCUGGAUGAGCCUGAGGCCCGGGCUGCCAUGAUCUGGAUCGUGGGCGAGUAUGCCGAGCGCAUUGACAACGCUGACGAGCUGCUGGAGAGCUUCCUCGAGGGCUUCCAUGACGAGAGCACGCAGGUGCAGCUGCAGCUGCUGACAGCCAUCGUGAAGCUCUUCCUAAAGAAGCCGACAGAGACACAGGAGCUCGUGCAACAGGUCCUCAGCCUGGCCACUCAGGACUCGGACAACCCAGACCUGCGGGACCGAGGCUACAUCUACUGGCGCCUGCUCUCCACGGAUCCCGUGGCCGCCAAGGAGGUAGUGCUGGCCGAGAAGCCACUCAUCUCAGAAGAGACAGACCUCAUUGAGCCCACACUGCUGGACGAGCUCAUCUGCUACAUUGGCACGCUGGCCUCCGUCUACCACAAGCCACCCAGCGCAUUCGUGGAGGGGGGCCGGGGCGUGGUGCACAAGAGCCUGCCACCCCGCACCGCCUCGAGUGAGAGCACCGAGAGCCCGGAGACAGCCCCUGCUGGAGCGCCUCCGGGGGAGCAGCCGGAUGUCGUCCCCACCCAGGGGGACCUGCUGGGUGACCUCCUCAACCUGGACCUAGGCCCCCCAGUGAGUGGCCCACCCCUGGCCGCCUCGUCAGUGCAGAUGGGAGCUGUGGACUUGCUUGGCGGUGGCCUUGACAGUCUGAUGGGGGAUGAGCCUGAAGGGAUUGGGGGCACCAACUUUGCAGCCCCCCCAACCGCAGCAGCACCAGCCAACCUCAGUGCUCCCAUGGGCAGUGGCCUGAGUGACCUCUUCGAUCUGACCAGUGGCGUGGGCAGCCUGUCGGGGUCCUAUGUGGCCCCUAAAGCAGUCUGGCUCCCAGCCAUGAAGGCUAAGGGACUGGAGAUCUCAGGCACCUUCACGCGCCAAGUGGGCGCCAUCUCCAUGGACCUCCAGCUCACCAACAAGGCCCUGCAGGUGAUGACCGACUUUGCCAUCCAGUUCAACCGUAACAGCUUUGGCCUGGCCCCCGCCGCCCCCCUCCAGGUGCAUGCGCCACUGAGCCCCAACCAGACUGUGGAGAUCUCGCUGCCUCUCAACACUGUGGGCUCAGUCAUGAAGAUGGAGCCUCUGAACAACCUGCAGGUGGCCGUGAAGAACAACAUUGACGUCUUCUACUUCAGCACCUUAUACCCUUUGCACAUCCUCUUUGUGGAGGAUGGGAAGAUGGACCGACAGAUGUUCCUGGCCACGUGGAAGGACAUCCCCAAUGAGAACGAAGCCCAAUUCCAGAUCCGAGACUGCCCGCUCAAUGCAGAGGCUGUGAGCAGCAAACUGCAGAACAGCAAUGUCUUCACCAUCGCCAAGCGGAACGUGGAGGCCCAGGACAUGCUCUAUCAGUCCCUGAGGCUGACCAAUGGCAUCUGGGUGCUGGCUGAGCUACGCAUCCAGCCCGGGAACCCCAACUUCACGCUGUCCCUGAAGUGUCGAGCCCCAGAGGUGUCCCAGCAUGUGUGCCAGGCCUAUGAGACCAUCCUCAAGAACUGAGACCCACGCAGUGCCCGCCCGGGACCUCCCAGGCCCCGGAGGAGCCCCCUGGGGGUGGCAGCUGCUGUUCCUCCUCCUCGAAGGAGGGGCCAGGCAGGACCCCCGGGCCCUCC